CUCAAAAGUCAUCUAAGUGUGUGUAUAACAUAAUCAAACACUUACUAUCAUGACUACUGCUAUUGCACCCGGGCGUCCUUUCUAUAAAUCUUCAGAAUACAUACCGCAGGCGAGGAAAGCAACUGAUUUAACCGCCGCUUAUCCUAGACAAUACACUUCCGGAUACCAUUCAUUGAUCAAAGUAUUGGAGGAAGGGUCUACAUCGACGGUUUACCUUGGUGUUAAUCCAAGUACAAAUCAGAAAGUGGCCGUGAAGCGAUUACUAGUUGAUAAAUUAUCAUAUUCUGUUGCCUUUGGAGUGAUGCAGCAGGAAAUUCAAGCGCAUCUAGCCCUUGCAGAGCAUCCGCACAGCGCACGUUUGCUCUGUGUCGAAUUACCUGGAAAGAGCGGCGGACCUCCGGCAUUGGUAUUUGAAUUCUAUGAACAGGGCGAUCUACUUGGUUUCAUACCGAUCAACAUUGGAUUAUCUGAGCACAUUGGCCGGCGCGCGGUGAAGGGUAUUGCGGAGAUAUUGAGUGACAUGCAUGAACGCUCGAUGGUACAUAGAGAUAUCAAAGCUGAGAAUGUUUGUAUAGGAAACGAUGGAUUAAUGAAGUUAAUAGACUUCGGGAGUACAAUAACGUUGCAAGGUGGUGAGCACUUGAUUUUGCCCCGAGACCUUACAGUGGGGACAGUGCCAUACAUGUCAGCAGAGUUAUUGAGGGGUCGUGCGUUUCAGAAUAUGGAUCUGAUGGCUGUGGAUGCAUGGGCUUUGGGUGUUUUCUUAUUCACAGUUUUGACGGGCCGAUUUCCGUUUCAACAGGCAAGCCCUGCUUGCAAAGGGUUUGUCAGAUAUGCUGAGAUCUGUGCAGGCGACAACAAAGAAGAGGAACUUGCACAUCUUUGGCCCACGUUAUCAGAGGACAUGCUUUUAAUCUGCAUGGCCCUACUGGAUUUAAAUCCAGUAUUGCGCAUGACCGCAGGCGAAGCCUACGCGCUAUUAUAACUUAUACUCUUUAUUUUAAAACGCAUACAGCGAGAAUAGUCGGGCAUCCUCUCUGCUAGUCAUUUUCAAAUAUUUAGGAAUUAGCGAACCCUCACCAUCAGGAAUCAUACAAAGACUGGUCCAGUGAUCCUCUGCCAAAGUCUCUGAGAAAAAUCGAGCUAUUAAAUAAGAAAAAUAUUCAUACAUCCUAUUUGGAAUCAGAAUUAUUUUGGUGCAGAUCAGCUUGCUACUGUUUACUUCCCCUUCUCGCUGGUGCAAUACUCCAUAAAGUUACGGAGGAAUCAUGACAGAUAUGGCAAACGACAUCGAAAAUUUCGAAUGACAGCCACGACACAUAGCGUACUACCUACCUAUAUAUCUAUCUAUUUAUCUCCC